AUGGGCUCCGCUGGUUCCACUGGCAACAGGCCCACUGCCUAUGAGCAGCUCACCGCCGUGAAGGGCCAGUGGACAAUCACAAUGGAGGCCACCAAGGGCGACGACAAGACAGUCUUCGCGCCGCAGGCGAGUGCUAUGACCAGCGAGCCGGCCGCUUCGGGCGCGGGGCAGCGGCGAGCGGCGUGCGCUGCCUCGCGGACUGGGCCCUCAACAGUGUUUCUGAAAAAGCCGCAAUAG